UAGGUGGACCUUUCUGAUAAAGCUUACUUAGUUUUAACCUUUCCUUCUCCUUUAACAACAUGUUGGCAGCAUUACGAUGCUGUUAACCCAGUAAAAUCACGUCACUCCAACUUUUAAAAAUGCAUUUAUGCACAGGGCAGCCUCAAUAAAAAAGGGAAUUAUUGGGAAUUUGUCAUUUAAUGAUUCUCUGUCAUAAACGAAUGUGGCAUGACAUGAUGAAUCCCCCCUAGAUUGUAUUACACCACCCAGAAAUGUAUUGCUCCAAAAGUCCAAAAAGUGCCACAUUUUAUUUGAAUCUGCUGCAUUUAUACUGGGGGCUGGUUUGGGAUCCCUGGGUCUGUGUUUCUGCUGGGAGUCUAUAAAGGUGCAUCUGGUAUUGUGAGGUUGAAUCUCCUAUCUGCACCAGCAGCAUCUGGAAUUAAUCACCCCCCACCCCCUUAAUCCCAGUUGGUGCUGCUCCUAAAAAAGAUCCAGGGACUCAGAGCUCCUUGUACAUUAAAGAGGUCUCAGAUUUCACAGAGAAGGAGCAUACUUUUUUUUUUUUUGGUAAAUCCCUGAUUUCUGGGAAAAACAGUGAGAGAGGGAGGAGAGGAAGGAACUGGGAAGUGAUUUGCAGCAGGGAUUGGGGCAGACAUGCGCUGGAGCUCACAGGAUGAGGUUUUACAUUUAUAAAUCCCAAGCACUGAAUAUACCUGCAAGCAAUGUGCUCGGCUGAGAGAGGACGGAUAGCACGAGGCACAGAUGUUCAAAUCCCUAUAAAUCUGCCUACGUCAGGAAGCGGCUCCUCAAUAGCACCGAAGCCCUGGGGAGACAGGAGCAGUCUCUGAAUCUGAAGCUACGGAGAAGAGUGCGUCUAGGGGUGUCUCAAGGGCUGCAUGUCUCUUGCUUGGUACAGUUAUCCAGGACUGAUUGCAUGUUGGGGCUUAGAAGAAGUGUUUCUGGAGACAUGGAAGCUGAUAGAGUGCUGCUAGUACUACUCCUAUCAUUGAUCCUGAUGGUGAACUCUCAGAACCUGAUUAAGAACACCAAGGAGCAGAAGCUGGAAGGGCAACUACUAAUCAGUGAGGUGAAUUCGGAUAACCCCGGGCAUGACACUGCUGAAUUCUUAGAGCUCUAUCACACCAGCGGGCAAAGCAUCUCUCUUAAUAACUACACAUUGGUUUUUUACAAUGGUAAAACCAACACGGCAUAUAAGGUGUUAAGUCUGGACAGACAAUCCACAGACAAAAGGGGAUUUUUCUUAAUUGGAUCCAUUGGCGUGAGCCCAAAGCCUGCCAUUAUUCUGCCCUCUAACACAAUCCAGAAUGGGCCUGAUGCCAUUGCUCUUUAUUUGGGGAAGGGGCCCUACAAGGAGAAUAUGAGAGUGACCAGUGAAGGCUUAGUGGAUGCCCUGGUACAUAAGGCCAAGGGCACAGAUCAGGCCGAUGUUCUGCAGAAAGUUCUCACCCCUGGAGCGGAGGCAUUUCUGGAGGACGCUAAUUUUCACCCCUCGGACGAGUCCAUAGGGCGGUGCUUGGAACUGGAUGGUCAGUGGACUUUUAAAAUGACACACUUGUCUCCAUGGAACCCAAACUUCUGCAAAGGCUUCCCAGAAAUCAUGAUCAACGAGGUGCCCUCUCCCUUUGCAAAGGAUCUCUACAUAGAGAUCAAGGGACCCCCAUCCACUCUCCUCUCUGGUUUGGUACUGGCCUUUAUCAGUGGAGAGUCCAACGAGAUCUACUUCUCCACUGACAUUAGAGGUCUGACGGGUCGUAAUGGGCUUUAUUUGCUUGAGGUUGAAAAACAUGGAAAUCGGGCCCAGCAGACACUGCCUGAUACCGUGCGCCUAAUCACUAAGGGUGUGGGUGCUGUGGCCCUCUACCUGGGGAAAAGUAGUCGGAUUGUACCCAAGACUCCCUUCCCUACCAGCGGUCUGAUUGAUGCCUUGGUGUAUACUGAUAACGAGGGUACAGUUUCUCAGUCCCUCCAAGAACUAAAUGCGGGGCAUCCCAUCAUAUUCACGCAGAGUGGAAAUAUCAGCAUUUCUGCGAGCCGCUGCAAUGGGUCAGAAGGCAAACCUUCUGCAUUUCUGCUUACAAACAGCACUCCGGGCCAGACCAACGACUGCAGGCCAGAAAGCCUCCCUGGUGAUGUCCGGCUGUGUUUUAGGACAUCAGAUUGCGCCAUUUGGGAGGGGGAAGAUGCGCCUGAAUUCCUGGCUGCAUUGGCUCAGUCACUGCAAUCUCUCUGCCAGUGUAAUUUAUCCGCCAGCUCCUUCACAGAUGCAAGCCUGACCUGCAACUCUACUUUCCUCUCGCUUCACACUCGUCUAAGCACCUCGCUGACCCUCCAGAAGGAGGAUUUUGAAGAACUUCAGCAACAUUUUGUGACCUCAGGAGUCACGUUUACUGUUGGUAACGUAAAUGUCACGGUGCUACCAUCAUGUCUUCCACUUACUGCCUCUUCAACAUUACCCCCGGCUACAGAUCCUACAACUGAAGUUCGUGCUACUUUAGAGGCCCCAGGCUUGUUAAUCAGUGAGGUGAACCCCAAUACACCAGGUGCAGCUGAAGAUAUGGAAUAUAUUGAGCUUUAUCACCCAGGGGGUGGCUCCGUCAGUCUGGAUGGCUACUGGCUGGUACUCUACAAUGGGAAGAACAACUUGGCUUAUCUUGCACUAGACCUUAAAGGCAACCAAACUAAUACGCAUGGCUACUUCCUGGUUGGUAGCAGUAAGUUAAAACCUGUUCCUCACAUCUUGUUACCCUUCAACACCAUUCAGAAUGGAGCAGAUGCAGUGGCCUUGUAUUACCGCCUAACAAAAGGAUACAAGAUGAAUAUGGAGGUUACGGCUGAGGGACUGGUGGAUGCCAUUGUCUAUGUGUCUAAUGUGGGUGAAGAUGCCAAGAGAUUAUUAAAAGUCCUUGCCCCAGGACAGGACGCAGUCCAUGAGAACGAAAGGUUUAUUCUUCAAGAUGAGUCUCUGAGCCGAUGCCACGGACUAAAUUUAAAGGACCAAUCCAGCUUCGAGGUCACCAAGAUUACUCCUCUAGCAGAUAAUGACUGUCCAAAACCAGUUCCUUCCAUCCUUCCCUCUGUGACUUCUACCGUGCCUGUGACGUCUCACCCAGUUCCUUCCAUCCAUCCAGUUCCCAUUGUGAUUAAUGAGGUUGGCUUGUCCCAUGGUCCAGAACUGUACAACUUCAUUGAGCUAAAAGGGCCACCGGGAGGCAAACUGCAUGAACAUAUUAUGGUCAUGUAUGGCAUGGAUGGGAAGGUAUAUGAUCGUUUUAUGUUGCAAGGCAUGCUGGGUAUGAGCGGAAUCUACGUGAUUGGCACCAAUAGCACAUACAGUGAUCAGCUUCUCCAGCUGUCUCACCCCAACCCUUUCAUCACACAGGCCUUGGCUCUAUAUAGGGGCACCCUGGAGAGUUUCCCGGUAGGCAGCAGCGUGACCCAAAAGGACCUUCUGGAUGCAGUUGUGCACUCGUGGAAAGAUGGUGCAGAUGAUGAAACUCUGAGAGAAUUGAACAAAGACAGGAUAACAUUACAUGGGGAUCAGAGGUUGUUUUCUGUCAGUCGGUGUUCUUAUGGUAAACGGUCCCACAUAUCAUUGCUGCUUCCUGUUCCUCACCCCAGCCCAGGAACUGACAACCUGUGUCCCUCCGGCAUCGCCUCUUUGCAGCUGGAUUUGUGCAUGAAGGACUCCAGUCUAAAUUGUUCAGAGUUGGAGCCAGCAGAGCAGAAGACAAUGAAUAGCCUAAAGACCACCCUGAGCCUGUCCAUGGAACACCACUGUUCUGGCUUUAUUCCUCCAGCCUACAUACAAGAAUUGCAGCUCACAUGCACCCAGAAGCAGCUGUCUAUUUCAGGCAAUAUUCUGACUUAUCGCAGUGACCAGCGUUGCAUUGAGAGCUGGAACGCUGACCUUCUCACUCAUCCCCAGCCCUUCACGUUGCAAGAGAGAUCUCUAGAGCCUCUCACCGCUUGUCUAGUCCCAGAGAAGAUGCGAGUAUCCUUCAGGACAUGGCACAUUUCCCUUCUCAUUGUGCUCUUUCUCCUGCUAUUAUUUGGAGCAGUUGGGCUUAUACUUUUCUUGCGGAAAAGGCGCCCUCAGAAUUACACCAGCAUUGAAAUGAAUCCCCACUUAGAACUCACAUAUGAAUACUAAGAGAUACAAGCAGCGGCUAAAAGAUGAAAAUAGAAGAUUCUGCAAGAGAUCAAAUCCCCUAGAAAUGACAAUGGCUGCAUUGUGUUUUGUUGCGAAAUGCGAUAGUGCAAAGGGAAACUAUUCAUUCAGGUUAUAAUCAGGGCUCUGAAAACUACAA